UGGGAGGAGCGCAGACACCCCCGUGUGUCAGAGGGCCGCAUAGCGCUGCAGAUGAAGCAUGGCAGGCGACAGCGAGACAAAGCCAGGUGACCAAGCCGAAAAUGAGCACAAUAAUCGGCAGCCUUUCCUCAUUGGUGUGGCUGGAGGGACAGCCAGCGGCAAGUCGUCGGUAUGCAGCAAGAUCAUGGAGCUGCUGGGGCAGAACGAGAUUGACCACCACCAGCGGCAAGUGGCCAUCCUCAGCCAGGAUAGCUUCUACAGGGUCCUCACCCCAGAACAGAAGGCUAAAGCCCUCAAGGGCCAGUUCAACUUCGAUCACCCAGAUGCAUUUGACAACGAUCUCAUAAUUGCGACUCUAUGGGACAUCAAGGAGGGCAAAACAGUUCACAUCCCUGUUUAUGACUUUGUUACCCAUUCCAGGAAGGAAGAGACAGUGACAGUCUACCCUGCUGAUGUGGUGCUGUUUGAGGGCAUUCUGAUGUUCUACGCCCAAGACAUCCGAGACCUUUUCCAAAUGAAGCUAUUUGUGGACACUGACGCAGACACACGGCUAUCACGCAGAGUGCUGCGUGAUAUGAGUGAACGUGGUCGAGACUUGGAAAGCAUUCUAGCACAGUACAUUACUUUUGUUAAGCCUGCGUUUGAGGAGUUCUGUCUGCCAACGAAGAAAUAUGCAGAUGUGAUCAUACCGAGAGGAGCUGAUAACUUCGUUGCCAUAAAUCUCAUAGUUCAGCACAUCCAGGAUAUUCUAAAUGGUGGUUUGACCAAACGGCUGAACGGCUGGUUUAACAGUUAUGGAAUGACGAAGAAGCAGGCAAACAUGGAUUCCAGCAGUCGGCCCCACUGAGCACAGCACUCCCCCGAAGAGACGAAAGGGACGGUUCGCCUUUACGUGCCGAUUGAGCACUUCAUGUGGCUAACAGCCUUUGAUAUGAUUCUGUUUGGACUGAGGAAAUAUGAGAAGAAGGGAAACCAUUCCUUUGCGGAGCUGGUUUAAAGAAGAUGUAUUCAGUCUUUUGUUGUUUUUUUUUUCUUUUAGUUUGUGUGAUGUAUGAGAUUGAAGGAGGAGAAAUACAAAGGGACGAACUUAUUUCAUUUAAAACUGCUGCUUGCCUUUACCACAGCACUGAAAUGGAGAAACUUAAGAUGUAGUUUUGUGUUUGAAAAAGAUUUCCGAACACAUGACAGCCUUUAAAGGAUUAAAUGCAGUGUAGCAACAUGCUGCUUAAUGGCAGGGCCUCACUACUCUUAAAGCUUCACUGUGUGACCUGACUAACUCCCUUUAUCAAUGCAACUUGACAUCUUUUUCAAGCUCCAUAUAAAGCAUAUUUUGACUCAUGGAAAUAAAUUUUGAAAUGAUGUAUGGAUGGGUUGAAAUUCCUGGCGUUGUACACUUUGUUUCAUGUUGCUCAAAAGCAGCACUUGCUUUGUGUUGUGUAAAUCUAACAAAGUGAAUUAGUUAUUAGUCAGAUUAAACAACCGACUUCCACCUCAAAUCAUUUAAUGUACAUCAUGUACAUCAUCACCAAAGAAAAUGUUCUGUACUGUCUUCGGCCUAAUUGUGUUUUAUGAUUUUUCUUGCAAUGUAGUAUUGACAUUACUGUAACUAAUGUGCAACUUGGUCACAUAAAUAACAAUUAAUUCUGUUGUUAAGGAAUUACCACAAAGUUUUUUUUUUUUUUCUGGUUCCCUUAAACUUGAAUCCUCAGAUGCACAUAUAUGCAAGUUUGAUUCAAAAGCAGUAAACCUAGAUGCUGAAAAUUCAGUUGCUUCUAAAUGCAUUGAGCUGUAAAAUGCCACUGAGUACAUGAAAGCCAAUGUAAAUGUUUUCUGUAAAUGUACUGUGUUAAGCAGUUUUCUUCUUGUAUACAUUUUCUUAUAAAGUUCUCAGGUACUGUCUUUGAGUUGACACAC